GAUAAGAUAUGCCAGAACACUCUUUUAAAACAGACUCUACUUAGUCUAGAUUAGACACGUUAUGAGAGGGAGAGGCAUGUUUUUACACUCAAAUAUAGGUGGAAACUUUUUGCAGAAACACUUCCCCUUCAAGUCUGUCAUUGAGUAACUGAAUGAUAAUAGUUUGCACAUUAGCAAGAGACGACCAAGUAAACGCCAUCUUUGUUAGGCCUGAACAAACGCAUUGGAUUGGCUGUUGUCGGCACAUCUCCGCCUACACCAGAGACGCUAAAGUGCAUUAGGAAAGAGGCCAAAAUACACCUCAAGAACCAAAGCACACUUUUAUCCGGAAAGAUACGGCUCACAGCAAAGCACAGGUUUCCCAGCACUGCUCAGAUGAACAUGUCACCAGUGCUGAGCUGCCCCACACUCCCACUUUCCAAUGGUCUGCAGAUUCCAGUAUUAGGAUUAGGCACCUCACAUUACGGUGGAUUCUCUCAUGAUGCCAUUGUGUAUGCACUCACUGAGUGCGGCAUGCGCCACAUGGACACAGCAAAGCGUUAUGGCUGUGAGGAGAAACUUGGCGAAGCUAUCAGAGAAAGUGGAAUACCACGAAGUGAACUGUGGCUCACCAAUAAACUGUGGCCAGGGGACUACGGAUACAAAGCUGCAAAGAAAGCCUGCCUUGACUCCUGCUCACAGAUGGGGGUGGAAUAUUUUGAUCUCUACCUGAUGCACUGGCCAGGUUCAAUGCGACCUGGUUGCUCUAACAGGGAGCUGAGAGCUGAGACAUGGAGAGCUUUGGAGGAACUUUAUAAAGAAGGUGUGUGCCGUGCUAUUGGAGUGAGCAACUUUCUGGUCCACCACCUACAACAGUUAAAGGAAGACUGUAGUAUUGUGCCACAUGUUAACCAGGUGGAGUACCAUCCUUUCCAGCAGCCCAAUCACCUCAUAGAGUACUGUCAUCAGGAGGGAAUUGUGUUUGAAGGGUACAGUCCUCUGGCCAAGGGUCAAGCCCUCAAUGACCCAACUGUUCUCCAAAUAGCAGAAAAAUACAGACGCACACCUGCACAGAUCUGCAUCCGCUGGAGUAUUCAGAACAAUGUUGUUACGAUACCAAAAUCCACCAAACACAAGAGGAUACAAGAAAACUGUGAAGUGUUUGGGUUCCAGCUGGAAGAGGUGGACAUGGCUGCUUUGGGAGGAUUGCACGACAAUAGACAUGUAACUUGGGAUCCAACAAAUGUGGAGUAACAAUAUGUUCGACUCACAGUGUGUUUGUCCUGGAAGCAGGUUUUCCAGUAACAGCUCUUUACACUUUAACUAAAAGAAGAUGAUUCAUCUUAGCUACCUUUUCUGUGAACACACACGCAGUGACAUGAAAAAGUGGCUUAUUUUAUAGAAAUAUCUAAUUAUUGUUUUUAUAAUGCAAUAACAAAUUAGAUCUUACAAUCAUAGAUAAGAGAAAUAACAAAGGAUGAUGAUCAUGUUUACUGUUCUUUUUUGGUUGGUUGUGGG